UUUUUAUUAUUUUUUUUAAUGUAGACAAUACCUCACCAUUAAUUUUGAGCAAUAAAUAGUUUUUAGAAUGGGAAAUCAAAUUAUAAGAGAAAUUUGAGUUUUCUAGAAUUAUAAUUUAGUUACAAUUAUUCAAAAUAUUGCCAGUUUGUUGGAUCUGAUUCGUAAAAGGUAACUCACAGUUAGGUCACGACAAGGAUCAGAAACAAGCACCCAAUUGUACAUAAGAAAAGUGAAAUCGCAAGUUCGUAGAACGAGAGAUGAGAGAGAUCUCAAGUCUGAAAGGAUUUCGUCUUCUCGCCUUCUUAUCAGCAAUUUUCCUGCUUUUCGUUUCAGCUUAUGCUGAUGAAUCAUCAACUCCAAAAAAUGGAAAAAACACGGAAUCAAAUGGCGGCAGCAAUGGAUCUAAGAUAGCACUUGUAUGUGUGGCCAUUGUGGCUGUUGGCCUGCUAUCAUUCUUCCUUUUCAGAUUUUGGCAAAAGAAGAAACGUGAAGAGCAGUACGCUCGCUUGCUGAAGUUGUUUGAGGAGGAUGAUGAACUUGAGGUGGAGCUUGGCCUACGCGAUUGAGUGGGUUUACUUUAAUGUUUAUUUAGGGAUCUGUGUGAAGAAAGAUAUAUGGAUGGGAACACUCGGCAUGCUGGAUAUAAGGACACUGAGAAUUGGAUGCUACAAAACACAAGGUGUCGUGAAGGCAUUUUAGAUUGUAGGCUGUCGCAUAUGUAUUGAAACUAUUGUACUUGGAAUUUGUAGGCAUUCAUUUGUGGAGACUGUGUAUACAUAUAUGGUGGUUCUUGGUUGCAAUAAAUUUUGAAUAGUCUGGAACUGCAGUUUGCUCUGUGUGUAUAUUUGACAACUUAUGUCCAUAUUGGAAGUUUUGCUCUCUCAGUGUGUCUUGUGACAAAGGUCUCGAUUAUUACUCGAUAAAAUGACCCAUUAUGACUAUUUAUA